AUGGCAGGCACUGGCCGCACUUGCAAGGUCGAAGGAAAGUGCAAAUGCAAGAUUUGGGGCUGCACCGCCACUAAGCGAUGGCACAUCUACUACAAUGGGUACUAA